GUGUGUGUGUGUGUGUGGUGAUGAUAGUGUUUGGAGACAGGGACGUCACAUCAACCGUCAGGCUAACGACCGCUACAGCUACAGCAGCGCGCGCACACACACACACACACACACACACAAGAUGGAAUUCAACGUGAAGAAGCUAGCGUGUGGUGCGGGAGUGUUCUUCUCACGAGCCGUGCAGUUCACAGAGGAGAAGCUGGGUCAGGCAGAGAAGACCGAGCUGGACGCUCAUUUUGAAAACCUGAUGGGCCGUGCAGACUGCACCAAACUCUGGACUGAGAAAAUCUACAGACAGACAGAAGUCCUGCUGCAGCCCAACCCCAGUACCAGAAUUGAAGAGUUUCUCUAUGAAAAGUUGGACAGGAAGGCCCCGUCCAGGAUUACCAAUGGAGAGCUGCUCGGUCAAUAUAUGCAGGAUGCAGCAGAGGAGUUUGGUGCGGGAAGUCCAUAUGGGAGCACUUUAAUCACAGUGGGAGACUGUGAGAGAAGAUUAGGAGCAGCAGAGAGGGAUUUCAUCCACACAUCAAGCAUCAGCUAUCUCAGCCCCCUGAGGAACUUCCUGGAAGGAGACUGGAAGACCAUUUCAAAAGAACGGCGUCUUCUGGAGAAUCUGCGUCUGGACCUGGAUGCUUGUAAGGCUCGUCUGAAGAGGGCCAAGAUGAGCGAGGCUAAAGCUGCGAUGGCUCCAGAUUUUCAAGAGACCAGACCCCGCAACUAUGUGCUGUCUGCCAGUGCCUCUGCGCUGUGGACAGAGGAAGUGGAAAAAGCUGAACAUGAACUCAGAGUGGCACAAACAGAGUUUGACCGUCAGGCUGAAGUCACACAGCUGCUUCUGGAGGGCAUUAGCAGCACACACGUGAACCACCUGCGCUGCCUGCAUGAGUUUGUUGAGGCUCAGGCUGCUUACUAUAAGCAGUGUCAUUUCCACAUGCAAGAGCUCCAGAAAGAGCUGGAAAGGCUUCCCAAUGCUUUUGCACUGAACUCCAGUCAUUCCAUGGCUGCUGCUGCUGCUGCUGGCGGCGCAGCUGAAGACAUCAGCAGCCCUGUGGACAAAGAUACACUGAAGAUUGAGGAGGUUCAGGCACCAGCUACAGGCACCCGCAAAGCCAAAGUCCUUUAUGAUUAUGAUGCGGCUGACUCCAGUGAGCUCUCCCUUCUCGCUGACGAGCUGAUCACAGUUUACACGCUGCCGGGGAUGGACUGUGACUGGCUGAUCGGAGAAAGAGGAAAUCAGAAAGGAAAAGUACCUGUGACAUACCUGGAGCUCCUCAGCUAAACAACACGUGUGCGUGUGUGUGUGUACGUGGGUACAACUAAAGCCAUGAGGAUAUUUCAGUCAUUACAUUCAUUCCACACACACACACACACACACAUCCAACUCAGAGCUUAAUGCAAUAUAUUCACACUGAAACAUCACAUUGUGAUGGAGACACUGUUACAGUGAGGACAGAGGGUUUAUUAUUUAUUUGCUGUUUGUGUUUUGUUUGGUUGAAGCUGCCUUUGUUCAGAGAUGUUCAGGACGAGGAAAAACAAACUAUGAAGUGACUUCAAAACACUCAGGAUAUGUUUGAUAUUUAACUGGUAACUGGUUUAUUUAACCCUGGGUUUUCAAAGUGAGCGUCAACAUCUAAAACAGUAGGAAAUGAGUUUGUUUUGGUUUGUAAAGUGAGUCUAAACCUUUAUUUAUUGCAGUACGACUGUAUGUAAUCUGUAUGUAAUCUGGAAAAACUGAGACAGCAGCAAACAUUCAACAUUAAGAGCUCUGACUCUGAGAUGCCGUUUCCCCAGUUCUUAGUGUGAUGUUUAUUUAUAUAUAUAUUUAUUUAGUUAGUUAGUUAGUGUGAUAAACUCUAUUUUGUUUGUUGUGGACGCUUGAUAGUGAACAGUGAUGUAAUUGGUCAGUAUUUCAGCUGUUGACUGGUUCUAAUCUGUUUAUGAACGUAUGAACUUGAAAUGCAUUCCAUUUGUAGUUGUAGCUCACAAUUUAAAACAAAAUAUCUGAUAUAAACAUGUGGGGGUUCAGCAUCUGUUACCAUGGUGAUUUAACUUGAUAAAAAGUGAUAAAACCCAAGGUUAAACCCAAAGUUAUCAGAUGAACUCUAAGUCCUGCAUGGUCGUAGAGUGUAACCACUGACAAAGCCCUCACUUAUGUUUAGGCUUUAUUUUGAAAUGGUGGUGAGGUGAGUGCAGGAACAGUCAUCUGUGAUGUAAACAUGAAUGUGAAGUGUGGUUGUAUGACGAGCUGACACCUGAUUCCUGCUCUGCUCUGCUCUGCUCUGUGAUGAAGUAAGGAAGUCGUUGAGCAGACAUUCUGCUUUGAAUGUGCUUCACAUCUCAUCUCUGUGGACCUGGUCCCUGUCCCUGUCCCUGUCCCUGUCUGUCCUUCUGUUCUUUAAUCCAGCAGAUGUAGAUCUGAGCUCAGCUGACAGUGACUUUCUUACAUGGUCAGCAAUAUUCUGAUAUUAAAGGGGCAGUUCCAGUUUAUUUGCACUGGGCAGUAAGACACUCUCGCACUGAACCUUUUCCCAUUUUCAGUGUUGUGUCUGUGAUUGUGUUGUUGUGCGUCUUUUACUGCAGAUGUAAAAAACACAUUCAUGGCUA